GCACGAGGAAGGGAUUCUUAAGCCACGUCUCUUUUAGUCUGGGCUCUCCUCUUAGUUCGGUCAUUUAUUUGUGCAUUUUUUCUUGGCACUCCUAUCAUUCGUCUACUCAUUCAUUCUUUGAGGCACCAAUAACGCACGCCAAGAUGUCAGACACUUUGCCUUCGCCAAGCACAACCCCAGAUGGCUUGGAGCCGCGAUUUUCUCUCCCUCUGUCGACACCUCGGUCAAGCAAAACAUCAUUGGCGAUUGGCGGUGUCACUAUAUACGUCUAUGGAUUAGAUGAACUUCAACAAAAGUCUGGGGUAGACGUUGCCGUUUUGUAUCUUGCUCAUAACCGGACAAGAACAUAUCUAGUGACAGAAGGCAUCGCCCAUGAGAUUUUGCAUAGAUAUAGAUCCGAUGGCAGGAAGAAGAAAGUCGAGAUGAUUGCCAUUACGAUGAACAUGAGGAAUCAUGGAGAUCGCCAGGUCAGCCCGGAAGCAAACUUGACUUGGUCAGGUGGUAACGAAAACCACGCCGUCGAUUUAAUAUCCAUGAUAUCCGGCGCAACCCAAGAUUUCAAGCUUGUCCUCGACUUUUUGCCAGCGUAUUUCCCACAGUUCAAUCGCAUGCACAAUAUCAUGUUGGGUGUCUCAUUAGGCGCUCAUACAGCCUGGCGUAUGGCAUCGGCAGCACCCAGCCAGUUUGACGCCUUCGCAAUGGUUGUCGGUUGCCCAAACCUGACAUCUCUCUUACUGGAGCGUCUAGGAAUUGACGCUUCAGCUCUUGGUGUCAAGGGAGAAGAGCUAGAGACUGCCAGUUACGAGCAGUUGGAAAAGCUUAUGGACGAGUCGCAACGGCGUCGAUGGCCGCGCGCAUUAGCAGAGUUUGUCCGCGAGGGUGAUAGGAAGAUAUACGAAGAAUUUCCCAGCGAUGUACCUCUGUUCAUGUGCAAUGGAGAGUACGAUAAACUGGUACCGGCACGGUAUACAACAUCAUGGUUAGAAAGAAGAAGUGCCAUGCGGAACAGAAGCAUAACAUCUAAAGACAUCAAGCCUAGACUGUUCAUACAGGAGAACACAGGACACAGCUGUACGAAAGAAAUGGUUGCAAUGCUUGCCGACUGGUUGGGCGAUAUGUAUAAACUGUAGGGUAGAAUUGGGCAUCUUAGAAACUGUUACUAGCACUUGUUGGUUGGGAUGCUAUACGGAAGACUCUUCGGCCGCUUCAGUGGGUGUUGCCGUGGUCGUUUCCUAGAUAUCAUAGACAUGGCUCUCAUUUCAAAUUUGUACUUGCAUUCAUUCACUUUAUUCAAAUUAUACCUUCCAUGGAGUAUACGAGCUAAUACCCUACAAACCACAUCUUUAUGGCGCCUCUCACCUAUGAAGUCCUCGCGAGCCAGGACCGCAAUUCGGCAAUUAUCUGACUCAGUCUUGUUCCCACAUCCUCC